AUGGCCAUCGGCAGAUCCUCCUCGUCGCCUAGCAUGGAAGUAAACGACAAAAAUGAACUUGGUGGUCAACAUGUCGAGUCUUCUAGUCAGGGGAUUACCUGGACAGAAGAAGAGGAGAAGAAACUCGUCAAAAAGAUUGAUCUCUUCUUGAUGCCGACUAUCUGGCUGAUGUACCUUCUGUCCUACAUGGAUAGAACCAACAUUGGAAAUGCCAAGAUUGCAGGAAUGGCAGACGACAUUGGCCUAUCUUCUUCCCAGUACAGCAUUGUGCUCAUCGUAUUCUUCAUCGGUUACGUUCUCUUCGAACCUCCGUCCAAUAUGAUCCUCGUUCGAACCCGCCCGUCACUAUACCUUCCCUUCAUCAUGGCCGUCUGGGGCGUCCUUACAUGUAUUAUGGCCGUCGUCAAGAGCUACCACCACCUCAUCAUCCUCCGAGUCUUCGUUGGCAUAAUGGAAUCUGGUUUUGCACCGGGUAUCCUCUUAAUCAUCUCCUCAUGGUACAGACGCGCUGAACAAUCAAGACGCUUUGCUAUUUUUAUGUCAGCGGCAAUUUUGUCAGGUGCCUUUGGUGGAUUGCUUGCAGGUGCCAUCACAAGCGGCCUUGAGGGAGCCCAUGGAAUUCGAGGAUGGAGAUGGCUCUUCAUCGUCGAGGGCGUGGCGACAAUUGGCUGGGCCGGCAUCUCAGCGCUCAUUUUGCUUGAUUUCCCGGCCACAUCCAAGCGCCUGUCCGAACGUGAGCGAGCGAUUGCGGUUGCAAGGCUACAGGAAGACAAUGUUACCGUUCGGGGAGAAGAAGAGAAGCUUGGCAAGAGAAAAUCGUUCAUGCUUGCCCUUAGCAACUGGAGGACUUGGGGAUUUGUUCUCGGUUACAUGGUCAUUGUAGGCUCCUCGACACUUUCUUACUUUUACCCUACCUUGGUCCAUGGGCUUGGCUUCACGUCAACAGUUCAGGCCCAGUAUAUGACGUUGUGCUUCAAGGUGCCAAUCUAUGCUUUCGCGUUCGUCUGUACCGCUAUCACUGGAUUCUACGGUGAUAGAAUCCCUGAACACCGAGGACUGGUCAUCGCCGGGUGGCUCGCAUUUAGCACAAUUACUUCAAUUUGCGUUUGUGUUGUGUACAACUUCACCGCACGCUACGUAUUGUUAGUUCUGAUGGCAGCUGGGCUCUGGGCAUCAAACGCGAUGUCCCUCUCUUUCGCCAGUUCAACGUUUGGCAGCAUGGAUGCCGAGGUGCGCGCCAUUGCUCUGGCGUUGAUGAAUGCUCUUGGAAAUCUGGCUCAGAUUUAUGGUGCAUACCUAUUCCCAGGUGACGACGCUCCUAAGUAUCUUUUAGGUUUCGGUGUUAUAUCCGGCAUGCUGGGAUUAGGUGUGAUCGUUUACGUUGUAAUGCAUAUUAUGGUCAGAAGAUAUAAAUCCUAA